UCCAGAAGGAGAAUUUUUAGAAGACAGUCGGAGAGCGAAGGAUGUUUUCACUCUCGUAUUCUUCAGCUCCAUCCUCAGCUAGAACAAUCUGUAACUCAAAUUCUCUAUCUUUCCUUCAGAGAAGAAAACCUAGCAUUUCUAGGGUUUUUAGUAUCAUUAGUUCUUCUCCAAUAGUUGAUUCAGUAACUGACGAAUCUACUGAAGAAGACAAUUUUGUUAGUAAAAGCGGGAACUAUGCUGGUGCUAAGUUAGAAGAGAUAAAUGGUGGUGAGAAAUUAAGACUUGAUACUUGGAUUUCUUCUCGGAUGUCUGGUGUUAGUAGAGCUCGCGUUCAGUCUAGUAUUAAAUCUGGUCUUGUUAAAGUUAAUGGUCGAGUUGUUAAUAAGGUUUCACAUGUUAUUAGAGCUGGGGAUAAGGUUAAUUGCACAAUAUCGGAGAUGCAACCUCUACGAGCUGAACCAGAAGAUAUACCACUAAAUAUAGUUUUUGAGGAUGAUCAUGUCCUUGUUGUCAACAAACCUGCACAUAUGGUUGUUCAUCCUGCACCUGGCAACCGUACUGGUACACUUGUAAGUGGUAUCCUUCAUCAUUGUAGACUUCCGACAGUUGCUUUACCAGAUAAUGACAUAUUCUCUGAGACAGAGGAUAUAUCCGAUGAGGAGUUGGAAGGCUUUUAUUCUGAUCAAAAUUCUAGUGAAGACUUAAAUUCUAGGUCAUCAGCGGCUUUAAUUCGUCCAGGAAUAGUGCACAGACUAGACAAAGGAACCAGUGGAUUACUUGUUGUUGCAAAGGAUGAGCAUUCUCAUGCGCACCUAUCAGAACAAUUCAAGCUACAUACCAUCCAUAGAGUGUACGUCAGCCUCACCAAUGGUGUUCCAUCCCCAGCUUCUGGCCGUGUUGAUAUUGCAAUAGGGCGUGAUACAAACAAUCGGCUUCGUAUGACUGCCGUGAAUGGAUCCAAUAACACUAAACAGGCCCGUAAUGCUGCCAGUAGGUACCGGGUAAUUGAAGUUCUUGCUGGUGGUGCUUCUGCAAUGGUUGAGUGGAGAUUAGAAACUGGACGCACUCACCAGAUUCGUGCCCAUGCAAAGUAUCUGGGAUAUCCUCUAUUAGGUGAUGAAGUGUAUGGAGGAACAAAGGGGAUGGCUCUGUCACUGCUUAGACAUAAAACCCCAUCAAACAGGCACAAUUACCUUCCAGAACUGGUCGAUAAAUUUCAGAGACCUUGCCUCCAUGCGUAUGCUCUUGGGUUUAAACAUCCACACACUGGAAAGGAUAUGAAGUUCUCGUGCCCACCACCUGCCGACUUCACUGAGAUUUUGAGUCUGCUUCAAAAUAUUGAAAAGCUUUCAUUCAAGAAAUAGUUCUCGCUGCUAGCGACCAGAGAGGUAAAAGAUGCUAUUUAUAUCAUUGAUAUCAUAGAGCGGACUGGCCAAAUACUUGCGCAAAACUGGAAUUUAAUGACAUACAGUGGUACGAUUCAACCCAAUCAUAUGUAGCCACAGCAGGGUGUCCGGGCAAAGUGUAAUUUCCUGAAACAUGAUGACACAUGUUUGCCCAGAAAAGAUGGUAUCUAACUUUUUUUGUGUGGUCGGCAUCUGUUAGAUUUAGCUGUUAUAUUUUCUGCAAUAAUUUGUUAAUUAUUUUUGUUUAUCAUUUUAGCAUCAUGUAAUUAGCAUGUUAAGUCUAAUGUAGUUUAAUACAACAUACAAUGAAUUACUCAAACAAUGAGCUAAAAUGGUCGAUGGCAUUGUCACAAUUUUCUGCAUGCA